AAGUAAUGGUAUGGUGACUUCUGAAGAAGUAAUGGGUGAAAUGGUGCUUCGAGAAGGUGCACCUCACACGCCUACUGGCAAAGUUCCGCAACGGAGAUUAUCGAAUGAUUGUAGAUAUUUUGGUUCACUGAAAAAGAGAUGGCUCAUACAAUAUGAUCGACACACACCAUUUGACAUUCAACCGAGAAAUGGAUUGUCAACAUGUAUCAUGUCCAACUGUCUGAAUGAUACAAGCAUUCAGAAGCGUGCGGAGCAAAUUGCAUCAUAUGUUUUUAAAACCCCCAAGAGUGUUACUUUGUCGAAAAAGCAUCGAAUGAGAGAGACAAUGUUAUAUGCCUCUGAAUACCUAAAAGAAAUCACAAGAGAUAGAAGUUAUGGGAUAUCUGGUGACCUUGCUGAAAAGACAGAACCAAUAUCUGUGGAUAAUAGCAGUAGUCCUACAAAAGAAGGUCCCAACUUAGCUAGCGAGACAACAAUUUCCACAACUGUUGAUUUUGUUGAAAGACUACAAUCUUAUGACCCUACUGACUCAUUAGAAAAACCUUGUAUGGGCACAACUACUGUCUCAGUUAACAAUGAGCAUUCUGCAAGUGAAAAAACUCAUAUUGAAUCAAAAAUUGACUCAACUGAUUCCUUAAAUGAAAAGCUGUUGAAUGCCACUGAUUGUAAUGAUACCAAUGUGUGCACUGAUGAUGAAAGGACUUUACAUUUGAAGAAAGAAUAUAAGACAUCUACCCAGCAUCAAGUUACUGAAGGAAAUCAACUAGUUACCAACUUGGUUUUACCUGACAUAAAGAAUGGUUCAAUUACCAGGGUAGACAAAGAAAGAAAAAUAAGAAAUAUCUCAAACUCAAUUAAUUCUACAUAUUUGCCAGGUCCUUUGUUAACAGGCAGUAGUGACAAUGCUUUGGCCUUUGCUAAUUCUGAUUUGAAUGAGCAAGAACAUGAUCAUCGAAACUCUAAUGGCAAAUUUUUUUCUUAUGCACCUAUGGAUGAAACUGACCAGCAAAAGACUUUAGCUAAGGUACCAAAAGUUAGUGUUAAUGACAGCUUCGCAAAGUUCCAUGUUAACACUGUUGCAACAAUUGAGGGCUCAGCACAAAAGACUGAAUCAGCAGUUAUUGAUCUACCUAUGCAUGCAGGAGAUGUUAGAGCACUGUCUAUUUUGCGAGAUCCAAGGCUGAGCUCCUCAUCUUCAAGAAGCAGUCGUGAUAGUACGGAUGGCAAUAUUCUAGUUAGAUCAGACUCUGUCAGUUCGCUGGAGGAUGUGUCGUUGCAGAGAGCAAAUGUAGAUAAAAAAUCUAUCAAUGACAAAACAGAUGGAAUGCGGCAUGCCAAGAAAAAGAUGUCUCUGAGAGAAUAUCGCAACAGAAAGAAAACGAAGCCAGCUGCAACUCUUAUACAUGGUGCUUCAACAAUCAAUGAAGGAUUGGCUGCUAAAACUUUAUCUCAGUCAAUUCUUUUUACUGACACUGAUUCCCUUUUAACACCACGCACUUUGUCACUAUCCACUGGCUUCACACCACUCUCUGGUAAAGAUGUGACUCUAACUACUUCAUCGUCUGACUCAGUUUCCAUGACAACUCUCAUGUCAUCACAGAUACCUAUUCAAACUCCAUCAACUGAACCCCUUUUUGAACCUGUAAGCCCAAGUGAAGAUUUUGUUGCAGAAACAAUGCCUAAUGAUGAAGUAAAACCUGGUACCAGCCUAUCAUAUCAAAACUUUCCCCUGGUCGCUCAUGAUCUGCAACCACAUGAAUUUAUGGAAGUUGAUGGCGAGGUAACACCUGUUACAAGUCAAGCUAUAGUUUGUCAACCUGAAUCAGAGACCAUGUCAAGAAAAGAUCCUCGCAAGCAUUAUAAUUACAAUCCCACCCAAAUACUUACUCAGCAGACAACAAAUUUCUCAUAUCAUUCUCAAGAAUUACAAUCAUCCCUUCAAAGAAGCAAAAAUAUUGGGAGCAAUUCACCUAUAUAUCGGCAAGCUCAGACAUACAAUCAACACUUUCGAGGGUAGAUCAUAUUAGUCUCUUCAUAUUUAUCUUCAUGAACAGCGACUUCUACUUUAUACUGAUCAGCUCAACAUUAAGUUCUUUUUUCAAAUUUCAACAUAUGUAGGGUUACAGAGAACUUGUUUUAGAGCUAUGCAGAUGUCAAGAAACAAAUAUUUAUUAACACGAAAGAAUGUCUUGAAACAUUAUGGCUUGAAUUCUGAAUAAUUGGCCUAACAUAUUGUGAUCUCCUACCAUAUCUUGAACUCUGUUAAAAUGUUUUAAGUAGAAGCCAAUCUUGUUCAUGGUAAUUGAGGCACAAUUGUAGUCCUAAAAAGUUCCACAGACUUCUAAUUUGCCAUCAGCAGACAUCUAAGUCUGUUCAGAUCAAGUCAAGAGUAAAUAAAACAACUGAUUCUGCUACCAGUUUAUCUCACACGAACUGGUAGAAAAAAAUAUUAAUAGCAAAGCAGGAAUUACAGUGAAUUUCAUAUUUGAUUAUUAACAAUCAGUUUUCCACUGAUGCCUAAAAUCUUAAGUUGUUUAUCAGAAAACUAAUUAAAAAGACUCCUCCAUAAAUGAAUGGUUUUUUAUUUGUUGGGUUUUUACUUUCUCAAAUUUUAAACUGUAUCUAAGCUUUUCAUUGGUAGCAGACAAAGCCUUGAUUUUGUAUAAGCCCUUUAAAAGUCUUUUCUCUGCUCAGUGUAGCACUGUAUUUUUAGGCAGAUAUAAUUAAUAUCUGAGACACAAUCAAUGUAAGCUGUAUGAAUAGAAACAUCAUUUUGAUGAGUUGGUUGUACAAAUAUUGUUCCCAUGUAAUUCAUAAAGAUGUAAAUAG